GAGCUCAGAGAGCACGUUGUGAGCAGAUUUUCAACGGCUACGAGGAGGACGCUGCCCACUUUUGCAGCUCAUCUUUCGACAGCCGGCACUACAUCCAGUCCCCUCUCCGCCACAGCGAGGACUUCUGGCGCACGGAGUUUGCCAUGCAGGCGGAGCAGCGUGAGGAAAGAAAUUACGAGCAGCCAAAGCAGCUGCCCCACUUUACGAAAGUCGGCUUUCAGGUAGCAGCCAUUCCGGAGGCCUUGUACAAACAGCUACAGGACUUCCAUGCAGAGACCCGACUGACGUCAAAGCCGGAGGAUCACGGCGUGUUCGAUCCAAACCUCUCCGGUCGCCAGAGUGAUACCUGGCUCAGCCCGGUCACGCGCCGCAUGGAGAAGAGGUUGACGAACACCCUGCGCCCGAUUCUGGCGAGCUGGACUGGCCACAACGAAGAGGACCUCGAGAAGACCGCGAUCUACGGUCUGCGACUUUACCAUAAUGGCUCCAUCCUGCACAUGCACGUGGACAGGAAGGAGACCCAUGUGAUCUCAGCCAUCCUCGAGGUAGGGCAUCUCCUCAUGAAGGAUCAGAAGACGCAGACUAACUGGCCGCUGCGGAUCUUCGACCAUGCAGGACAGGAGCACUUGAUCCCAAACCGUCCUGGGCAGAUGAUCCUGUACGAGUCCUCCACCUGCCCACAUGGUCGGCCGGAUCCCUUCGUUGGGCGAGAGAUGGCGAACAUCUUCGUACCUCGGUGCACUUCAAACCUCGCGGCUGGCUGGAAGCCUCGAGGCAAAGCCAAAAGCCUCAGGAGUGUGGCAGCGGCCUAG